AGCAGUUCAGAUCCCAGGCAUUCCCCCAGGAGACUUCUGAUUGCUGUCAUUUAUAUCACACUUAUGUAGGUCGGUUUAAUCGGAGUGUCUCCUGUGAAUCAUUUUUAUUUCCCACGUCUCUGUUCGGUGUUUUCUAAUUGGAUCAACCUCCAAAUGCAUUUAACUCUCUUCACUGUAAUGGUUUGGUUCUUUCUCAUUUGAUCUGCAGCUUUAUUUGUUGGCAAAAUUGGGCCAUUUCUGAACCACAGUUAACCCUUUAUUGUUUGUCAAAUUAGAACUAAGGGCCGCAAUGAAUAUGACUAUAACCACUACUCCUCUGCUGUUUUAUUCAUUACAUUACAGCCCUCAGGUCCAACUCUGCCCUGUGGUUUCGUGCUUCUCACUGAUAAGGCGAAAGACGUCUGAAAUCAAUGAAAACUUCAAACGCUGUUACCCAGCAGGGUCCUGGUUGCAUCCUCUGCUAUCUGAACCACCUGCUGAUGACUGCAACACAACAGAGAGACUUGCAGUGCAACCUCAGUACACACACUCAUGUGUUUAAUAUCUGUGGCCAGACAUUAAAUGUGGAGGUGCCAGUACUAGUAGCAAAAAAAGUAGAACACCCAAGUACUAGUUCAUUGUUGCACUUAAUUUUACAAGGUUAUUUGGGAGACAAUUGUUGUCUCAAACUUUUCCAAAAGCUUUGAGUGAGAAGUAAGGACAGAGACAGAAUUCUAACUUGCUGGCACUAUAGCCUGGUCCUGCUGCAGUGUCAUCUGGUCCUGCUGCAGUGGAGCCUGGUCCUGCCACAGUGUACCCUGGUCCUGCUGUGGUGGAGCCUAGUCCUGCCCCAGUGUACCCUGGUCCUGUUGCAGUGUAGCCUGGCCCUGCUUCAAAGUAGCCUAGUUCAUCAACACACCAUUUACAGCCACCCUGUGAUUUGACUCUCUUGCCAUCCAUGUACAUUGAAGUGACACAUUAAAAUCCAUGUCAUUGACUGCUCCCUAUCCUCCCCCAGCCCUAUAUGAACUUGUCCCUCCCUCUCUCUUAUUCUCUCCUCUCCUGGUAGCUGGCCUACAUGGGCACAUUUUCAUCUUGAGUAUAGAGUGAGGGAGGGUGGGUUGGACAGUCAUCUUCUUGUUAUAGAACUUGGUCCAGGAAACCAACAUAACAGCUGCAGAAAAACUGGGGCAGGAUUCUGGAGAGAGCUAGUCUUAUGCACAGCUCAUUCUGGAAGAAGCAAAUGAACAUGAGUGAACCUGAGAAUGCAGGACCAUUUUGGGUGAGCUUUUGAUUGACAAAUAGUUCAAAACUCUCAUUUUAAAGAGACUGGUUUUAGCAACAGGACAAAGAAAAAGAGAGUAAAAGAGAAAGGUGGGCCCCCAUUCAUCUGGCUAAUUCUGCUCCUCACCGAUAGGAAAAUGCAGCUGAUAAAUAUAAUAAAUAUAUUACAAGCAAUAUAGUUAGCAGAUAUUUUAAAAGGACAGAGCAGAGUGUAUCUUUUUUGUCUGUAUAUUGUAGAGCUGAAUGGUGUAUCGUGCACAUCCCCUCGGCUUUACCUCUCUGUCUGACCUCCCUCAGACUCAGCUACCUAUUUAUUUUUUUUCUCAAUUCAAAUUUCUAUUUAUUUUGUUUUCCGUUUGACAGAAAAAAUUGCUACAAAUCAAAAUUUUUAUUAUUUUGUCUUAUUUGCUUUAAAUGAAUACGCUUUCAUUUUUAAUUUAGCUGGUAUACUGCAUUUUUACAGAAAUUUAUUUUCAGCUGACUUGUAUGUUUAUAGCUUUGACGCAUAUCUCUUACUCCCAGUAAAACAGCAAACUGAACAGAAUGAAAUUAAAUUACGAGAGUGUGUGUGUCUGUGUGUGUGUGUGUGGCAGUAUGUGUGUAUCUGUGUAUGUGUUUGUGUGUGUGUGUGUGGCAGUAUGUGUGUAUCUGUGUGUGUCUGUGUAUGUGUUUGUGUGUGUGUGUGUGUGAGAGAGAGAGAGAGAGAGAGAGAGAGAGAGAGAGGGUGGUGAUGAGAGAGAAGCAGUUCCGCACUAUUUCAGCAGUGGGGACCUGAGAUGGGGGAGUGUGAGAGGCUGAGUGGGAGAGUGAGAAUGAAAGGCAGCAGCGAGAGCCUCAGGCGUCUGCCGGACCGUCCGUCGGGGCAGGAGACCUCCAUCUGAGCUGCUCCAGCUGGGCAAAUGCUGGAGGAAGAGCACGACUCAAUCAUCUGCUCUCAGCUCCUCAGCUCACAUGUACUGUUCAUGAGGAUGAUGAUUCUGAUGAAGAGAAGACAGACAAAGGGACUGCUCAUAUUUUUGGGGUAAGAAAGCCAUGACAACCAUAAGGAAACCGUCAACAUGGCAUCCUUGAAAACUCAGUAAAAAGUCUCUCAUUGUGUGUGACUUGCAUGCUUCAUUUAGUGGGUUAAUCGGCAACCAAACAGUUGCUGUGUAGGGAGGACUUACGUUAUCAAUAAAAUAACUCAGCUAAAGCUUGGAACAGGGACAGAUUUAGGUAAAUGGGUUGAAAUUAGCAUACUUCCACAGAAAGAAUGGGACAUGGUAUGGCUAAGGGACACUAAGAGGGUUUCUAUUAGCAUAACGUUAGCACAGUAAGCGUGAAAGGAACGUGGUACGGCUGAGGGACACUGAGAGGGUUUCUAUUAGCAUAACGUUAGCACAGUAAGUGUGAAAGGAACGUGGUACGGCUGAAGGACACUGAGAGGGUUGCUAUUAGCAUAACAUUAGCACAGUAAGUGUGAAAGGGAUGUGGUAUGGCUGAGGGACACAGAGGGUUGCUAUUAGCAAGCGUUUGCACAGUAAGUAUGAAAGGGACGUAGUACGGCUGAGGGACACUGAGAGGGUUGAUAUUAGCUUAACGUUAGCACAGUAAGUGUUAAAGGAACGUGGUACGGCUGAGGGACACUGAGAGGGUUGCUAUUAGCAUAACGUUAGCACAGUAGGCGUGAAAGGAACGUGGUACGGCUGAGGGACACUGAGAGGCUUUAUUAAUAUUAACAUGAUGUUACCACAGGGAGCAAAAGAGGAUGCAGUGUGGCAGAUGGACUCAGAGAGAGAUGCUGUAUGAACUGCUAGUAGAGUUUGGCCCUGUUCCUGCUCUGAUAGAUGAUUGUCUGCCAAUACCCUGGAACUGAGUACAAAUGAUUAACUAAACAUCCAUAUUCAAGCUACCACACAUCUGGAUAUACCCGUAUGUGUGUGUGUAUGUGUGUGUGGGGAGGGGGGUUACUCACUGGGAGUAAUCUUACAGCUGAUGGAGUAUAUUGUUAGUUGUCUAUAAUCAAUUUCACUGUCAAGACAGUUUUAUGUGCAGGGCUUGUCCUUCGAUAUCAGCAAAGUGAUUUGCCUGUGGGGCAGUUUUUUAAUUGUAGAGGCAGAUUAUUGUCUUAGCAGAAGUUGUAAGAAGACAUGGGGAAGCCACUGAGCAGGCCUGACUGCCUGAGACGGGGUCACCACAGCUCCCGCUGCCUUGGGAAAGGACAAGGGGAGGAUGGGGCCAUUGAGGACUGUUACAUCCCCCAACGCUCCAUCUACGAUACCGUGCGCAUCAAUGAGCAAAUUGACCAGGGCUCUGUCUCUAGCACACUGGCCUCUGGGGGGGGUGAAGGCAGCACCCUCUCCACAGAAGGCACCCUGGGAGCCGUGGGCACAUCUCGGCCUGGCUCAGGCAGAAAGCUUGAUGAGAGGCAAAUCUAUGAUGCCCUCAAGCUGAGUGCAGAGCCCCUGAGCCUGUCCACUGGCGAGGUUGGGGCCUCCGUGUCACCAGGGGCUUCAUCCUGCUCAUCCGUACUUGGGGGGGCCAGACGAUCCAUUGGUUUUGAACGGAAUGAACAAAGUCGCCGGUCCUGGAAAACCUUCCUGCCUGCAGAGUUUGUGGAGGAGGCAACAGAAAAACAAGUGUUGGGAACCCCACCUGCUCCCUGCAUGGCAUCCCCCACUGACAGUCCUCCCACUCAGAUCUCUUUCACGGAGAGGGGUGAGACCCCUCCGCUCAGCCCAGCAGCGUCCUGCGUUCCCUCCCAGACCCUGAACACUACCCCAGCCAGUGAUUUGAGGCUGGUUUCAGUCUCCUCUUCCAGUCAGACUUUUCCCUCCGUACGGCUCGGCUCUGCCCCACUGCCUCAGCCACUUUUCACCUGCAUGGCACUGAAGAGGGAUACUGAAGCUGAAGGGGAUCCUCUGGCUGCCGAAUUGGAUGGUGAUAAAGUCCCUCUUCUUCCUCCACUGGUUCCCCUCACACCCACGCUCUGUCCCUCAUCUACAGAGCGUACCUGGCCCCGCAGGCUGAUGGGACGCAGGAGGACUGUGAGCCAGGGUGGCGUGCUCCACAAUCUCCCCAUCCUGCCACCACUGCCCCCUCUGCUGGCUGAGCAGAGUGGUGCGGAUGAGGUAGUCUGCCUGCUUGGCCCUGCCUCACUUUUCCCACAGGGACGGCCCAGCGUGGCUGGUGAGCUGCGCCUAGGUGACAGGGAGUGGCGGGGCCUUCAGCAACUGGAAGAAGAGGAGGAAGAUGAGGGGAGUGAGGGAAGACAGGAGACAGAUGAGUACACCUGGGAGGCUCUGCUUCGGCAGGUCGACUCUCUCUGGGAACCAAUGGCAGGGGGGGCCGACAUGGCAGGCUGGGACCCCCAGCACAUGGGCUCCCUGGGCCGCUGGCCACUGCUGCGCCCCCCCGCUGGGUUUGGGGGCUCAGAGCCCCCCUCUGGCCCAGGGUCUGAGCUUGGGUCUGACGACCUGGAGCUGGAGGGGUUUGGAGAGGAGGCUAAGGAAGGGGUGGGUCUGACAAGCCCCACAUUCCCCAUGGUGGGGCGAGCCUCCAGCAGGCCCAGCACAUUUCCAGGAGCCAGGCCAAGUCUGGAGCUCAGCCCUGCAGAGGAGAGGGAGGACGAGCAGCAUAGUGCUAACGAAUACGGGCAGGACAGGACUACUGCACAGGAAUCGGAGGUGUUCAAACGAGACAACCUGGGGGAGCUGGAUGCACUGUCAGAUGGUGGCAGGGCGAAUUAUAGCACGGACACCAUUAACACCACAUCAGAGGAAGCCUUGCCAGAGAGUAGAGUUGUCAGGGAAGAUGUCGUCAUGGAUACUCAGUAUGCUGGGAACACAGAAAGCCUCCAGAUGGGAGCCACUGAAGGCCAGGAGGAGGCAUGUUCAGAGGGGGGGGAGGAGAAGGAGGCUGUCAGGCUGCAGGAGGUGAGCGUUGACCUGCAAAAUGGGAAAGUGGACUCUUCCCGUCGCAGCAGAGACCUGCCCCUCCCCCUGUCCCCCUCCAAGCACGAGCUGGGUGGCUCAGCCCUGGAGGGGAAGGCUGAUGCCUUUGUCACCACAGACAGCUUUGUUUACCUGGCAGUGUCUGCAUUGACCCCGUUUCCGCAGGACACCAAGCCCCCCUCCCUGGAUGGCUCUGAGCCCCCCAGUCCCGGAGCCCUGCCUCAGCCCUGGCCUGAGGAGAGUGACUUUCUCUCCACAGACAGCUUUGUGUACCUGGCUGCUCCAGAGCGCCUCACACUGGCUCCAGGGCAGAGCAGUGCAUGUGGAGAUUCCCAGGGUUCUAGUUCAGAAGAUAGUCGAUCUGGAGUGGACUUUGUGCUGGGCUCCAUGAACGGCGAAAGUGACUGGGACUCGGAUGGAUCUGGGUCUGAGCGAGCACCAGACCUGCCCAGCUGGGAUCACUGGGAAGAGCUAGAACCAGCAGUCCUGCAAGAGCUUUUCCGAGAUGACCAGUGGGAGCACGAAUUGGGGCCGUGUGACUGCGGGUCCAAUGUUGUACGAGAAGGAGAAGGUGAAGGACAAGAGGAAGCAAAAGAGGUGGAGGAUGGACUGCAGCCAUCAGAGCAGGUCGAGGAGCAGAACCCCUUCAUAAAGGGUGUGCGGAGGAUCGGAAACAUAUACCCAACAGCAUGGGGCAUAAGGCGAGGGACAAACUCGAUGAUUCUGAUGAGCCAGUGGAGAGAAACCAUAGCAGAACUGGACCCGUGGCUCGAGGAGAUGGAGUCCAGCGUCGCUCAGCUGUUGUCACCAGCAUGCGGCCUGGAGGAGCUGACGCAGCAGCAGGACCAGCUGAGGCUUCUAAGGGAGUGUAUUUCCGAGCACCAAGCCUAUAUCAGCAAGCUCCUCCUGACUGGGUCUCAGCUUAUUAGCCUUGGUGCCCUGGAGGAGGUGCCAGUGAGGCAGCGCUCCUGCUCAGCAGAGCAGCGUUAUGUGGCUGUCAUGGAGAAGGUUAGGAGUCAUGGCAGAGCCCUGGUGGAGGCCAUCUGUCAGUCCUCACAGUUCCAUGAGAAGAUAGGAUCUUUAUUGGAGACCUUGGAGAGGGCAGCACUGCGUCUGAGACAGCGCCCACCAGUGGCUGUGGAGGUAGAGAAGAUUCAGGAGCAACUUGCAGUCCACCGUGCAGCUGGAUGGGAGUUGGACAAGCUGCUUCCAAGCUACGGUGUCCUCUGCCACCAGGGGGAGGAAAUGGCAACCUGGGAGAAACAUGCCUACCCAGAAACCCAGACAGUGCAGCUGCAGCGGCUGCAGAGCGUGUGGAAUGAAAUCCGCCAGCGUGCAGACGAGCGUGAAGCAAAGCUGCUGGCGGCCCUGGAUCUGGCGCAGGCUUUCUGGGCUGAGGCAGAGCAACUCCAGGACACACUGCGAGACGCACACGUCGCGGUGAAGGAGCUGGAGGCUCCUGAGAUUGACCCAGUCCUCAUCAAGCACCAGAUGGAAAUCACAGAGUCCAUUAGGACUGAGGUAGAUGGGCUGUGGCAGAAACUGGGUGCUCUGCGCACACUGGGUGCUGAUCUCAUUGCUGCUUGCGGAGAAACAGACAAACAACAGGUGGUGAAAACCAUGGAGGAGAUAAACACAGCCUGGGACAGGCUCAGCAGGACAUGUGGAGAGAGAAAGGAAAGAUUGGAAGAGGCCUUGAUGACAUCACUGCAGUACCAACAUGCCCUGCAGAACAUGUUUGAUUACCUGGACAGUGCUGUGCGGGAGCUCAAUGAAAUGUCCCUUGUGGUGGUCGAUCUCGGAACUGUCAUGCAGCAGAUGGAGGAACUCAAGCUGUACAGAGCAGGUGUAUAUCAGCAGCAGAUCAACAUGGAGGCCCUGACCAACCAGCAAGCAGCACUCUUAAAGAGGACCACAGACCUUGCAGAGAAAAAUAAGAUCCAAGAGCCACUCACGGUGCUGAGGGAGCUGUGGGAUCAUUUGGGGACCAAGAUAAUGCAGAGACAACACCAGCUGCAGGGUGCAUUGUUGGCUCUGGGCCAAUUUGAAUACAUCCUGUCUGAGCUGCAGUCCUGGCUGUGCCAGACCCACAUCUCCCUGGAAACACUGCAAGCAGUCAGCUGUGAUCCCAGGACCAUUGAGAUGGAGCUCGCCCAGCACCGGGUACUGAAGAAUGAACUACUGUCACGUAAUUCCAUGAUGGAAAAUAUCAGUGGUGCGGGCUGGGAGCUCAUGGAGUCCAGCUCGGGGGAGAGGGCCAGCCAUCUGCAGGAGCAACUGGAGACUCUCAAUCAUAGUUGGCAGAGUUUGCUACUCAAGGUCCAGGCGCAGCAGAAAAUACUGGAGGCCGCACUGCUGAAGGCAGAACGAUACCAGAGAGAACUGGAGGACAGCAUUCAGUGGCUAAGUGACACAGAAAAGCAGCUGGCGGAUGCCGUGCCUACUGGGGGCCUGCCGGAGACUGGCCGCGAUCAGCUGCAGCGUCACUUGGCACUGCAGGAGGAGCUGCUGCAGCGAGUUGAUCAGUUCCAUCGGCUCCUGGACCAGAGACAGACUAUGCUGCCACCUCACGGAGAGGAGGGUGAGGGUGGACUUAGCAUUGGACAGACUCUCCAGAAAUUGACUCUGCUUCAGAACAAGUGGAGCACACUUAACACCAGGAUGGAGGAGAAGAAGCUGAGGCUGGAGCAGAUGGUUACCCUGGCAACAGCCUUCCAGGCCUCCCUGCAGGUGUGCAUCAACUGGCUGAUCCAGGCGGAGCAAGCACUCAACAUGGCCCCACCCCCUAGCCUCAUCCUGGACACCGUGCUGCUCCAGAUUGCUCAGCAUCAGGAGUUUAUGACUGGGCUGAAUUCUCACAGGAACCUGGUCCUGGUUCUGGAAACAGAUGGGUCCCACCUGAGUUCUAUGAGUUUGGAGCAAGAUGUGGUUCUGAUACGCAGCCUCCUAUUGCGCGUGCAUGCCCGCUGGGACCAGCUUGUACAGAGUUCAUUGGACCGGGACCGACGUCUGGAAAAGGCCCGCCUCACAGCUGAGAAGUUCAAGGAGGCGUGGCUUGAAUUCUGGGAAUGGCUACAGGAAGCAGAGAGCCGACUGGAUGCAGAUCUGGAGAUAAGUAAUGACCCAGGACUUGUCAACCGGCUGUUGAUUGACCAUAAGGAGUUCCAGAAGUUUCUUCAUUCUAAGCGGCCAGUAUUUUACACCACGGUUCGAUUCUGCCGGACCAUCCGUGAGCAAGCCACCCUGCCUGCUGACACAUUGAAACUGGGAAACUUGCUGGGCAAGAUCCGUGAUAAGUGGGACUACGUCUGUGGGAGGACUGUAGACAGGCAGCAGCAGCUAGACCAGGCUCUUCUCGAGGUGGGCCAGGUAGAUGUCGCCCUGCAGGGCAUCCUUGACUGGCUGCUGCAGGUAGAACCCCAGCUUGAUGAGCAGGAUCCGGUGCAUGGGGAUCUGGGUCUGGUGGCCCACUUGGUCGACUCACAUAAGGUUCUCCAGCAGGAGCUGGGGAAGAGAGCAGGGAGCUUUGAGGCUUUGAAGCACUCGGCUGCUGAGCUGAUGGAGAGGAGCGGCCUGCACGAGCAGCUGCAGGAUGUGAGCCAGCGUUGGGAUAGGGUCUGCAGUCUGUCCGUUACCAGGCAGCUCCGCCUACAGCAGGCCCUCAAACAGGCUGAGGAGUUUCAUAGCUGGGUGCAACGCCUACGGGCUUGGCUUUCUGGGCUGGAGCAGGGCUUGCACUACCGCGGCCUCCUUCCGGAAGAGGAGCACCCUUUGCAGGCACUUUUGCAAAGCCAGAAGGAGCUGAUGCAGGCCAUGCAGGGAAAGCGCCAGGAUGUGGACAGGGUGGUCAGCUUGGGGGAGGCCAUUCUCAGAGUCUGCCACCCAGAUGGCUUCAUCUCCAUCAACCUGGGGGUCGCCAGUCUCCAAGAGCGCUUUCAAGAGGUGUUGACAUGGGUUAAGCAGCAUGAGCAGAGACUGGAGAGAGCACUGGAGGAGCUGCAGAAGGGCACAGUACAGCUGCAAGAUCUGCAGUCUUGGCUGCUGUGGGCAGAGUCUCGACUGGCUCAGCGUGAAGCUUCCCCCCUGCCCCAGGAGCCCAUGCAGCUCCGAGCACUGAUUUCUGAGCACUAUGCUUUCAUGGAGGAAGUGAAACACAAGCAGGAAGAUGUGGACCAGAUGCCCAAGAACUAUCGGAAGAAAACAUCAGGGAACAGCUUUGGAGAGAGACUCAGAAUGUGUGAGAAAUGCUGCUGUCAGUGGCAGAAAGUGUGGCAAAGCUCCCUUCUGUACCAACGCAAGCUUAGUGAUGCCCUCUAUAGGUUGGAAGAGCUGAAGGAGGCUCCAGCCUUUGACUUUGAAACAUGGAGGCAGAGGUAUAUGCUCUGGCUCCACCUUCGGAAGGACAGCCUCAUGGAAGUCUUCCGGAACAUUGACAGAGACCAAGAUGGCAGGAUCAGGCGGCUUGAAUUCACAGAGGGAAUUCUGGAUACCAACUUUCCUACCAGUCAGCAGGAACUGGUGGCAGUGGCAGACAUCUUUGACCAGGAUGGUUAUAUCGACUAUUACCAGUUUGUGGCAGCUCUACUGUCCAGCAGGGACCACUGGCAUUUCAGCAGUGACAGGGGCAGCAUGGAAAAUGAGAUGUUCAGACAAGUAGUGCAGUGUAGAUGUGCAAAGCGGUUCCAGGUUGAACCACUGGGGGGUGAUAAGUAUAAGUUCUGGGACUCUGAAUGCUCAGUUCGAAGGCUUUUUGGGUUGGUGCUGGUUCGACUCGGAAAUGUCUACAUGGCUCUGGAUCAGUUCCUUCUGAAGUAUGACCCCUGCCGAGCAUCUGGCCCAACAGGCUGCAGUCAGCGAAAACUGAGCAGGAAGAGAGGUGCUGAUGUCUAGGAGGCCUGAGAGGGUGCAAGGAACCGCAGCAAAUGUGCAAAAGUGACUGCAGUGUCACGUCUCUGUAAUCCCGAUAAUUCAAGUGCUUUCCACUCUGCUCCUGUGAAUAAAUUUAGCUAUUUUACUGGCAGUAUGGAAAAACCAGGAUGACUUGAUGAGUAUUAAUUUUCUCCUACAGCGAAGCAGGAUUUGGUGUCAUGGCACUGAUACCAUGAUCUCAGACGGCUCCACUGUGAGACCAGAGCCCUGGUUACUAUCUCCGUUCCUUGUGAGUGAUGUGACGUGUGAAAAUUUGAAAUUUUGAAAAAGUAGAAAAGGAAUUUGUACAUGUUGGUAUUAUUAUUACUGGGAAGUCUAAGCCAGUUCAUUGCAUGUAUUUUCACUGCUAGCUGUAGCUUCUGUUAGCCCUGCCUCAGUUCUGCUGACCUGUGGGUUUAAACUGAAUAGACUGUCUGUGAGCAUUAUGAUCAUCUGCUGGUCAGUAUUGUAACCUUGGAGACUAAUAAUAUUUUAAUUGGUUCAAGUCAAAAGGGCUGAACUGGAUACUUUAAACCCUGUACAAGUGACUGUGAACUUGUGAGUGGUAUGUGGUGCAGUGUGUGUGUGUGUGUGUGUGUGGGGGGGGGCAAAAGUAGUUUAUAUUCAUUAUCAGAGAAUUCUGACAUUCAUGGGUCUUCCAGAGAUGGAAGAAGCCUGUAUUUGUUUUUAUUUAUUUAUUCAUGGUAACAUGGAGGAGUGAUUACACCAGGAAAUAAAAUUAAAUACAAAUAGUUAAAAAAAGAUUUAUUCUUAUUAUCCUUUGUUUUACAUACAAAGCUUUGUGUGAGUUGUUGUAGAAGGCGACUGUCUGGUUAUAAGUGUGUUUGUGUGGUGAGUGUUAUUGUCAGGCUCACUGUCACUGCACUACAUUAACUGUAAAGUUCUGCACUGCAUACAGAGAUGUUGGAUUAAGGACAGCAGGAUUACAGGAGAAAGGAAAAUCCUCAGAAUGUUUUGAAAUGCAGUGCAAAUUUCAAAAUAAAACCCUUUUACCAUGUUA